UCCAAGUUAGGCCUUGGUGAAAACAUAGACCUACACAUCAUGCAACUGCCAGUGGCUUACCGAAAAGCAAAGGAGCUUGUCUGCAAGAUAUGGGGGACUCUUCAACCACUACUUACUGUUCACAUCGGACUCACUUCAUCCUCCAAAGCGAUCAUCAUCCUUGAACAGUGUGGGAAGAACAAAGGCUACAAAGAGAUGGAUGUUUGUGGUUUUUGCCCAGAAGAUGGCUGUUGUCUGUUAGAUGGCCCAGAAAGGAUUGAGUCUACAAUUAAUAUGAAAACUCUCUGGAAAAACAUUUCGGUGGAAGGGAUUGAUGUCAUCUUUUCCAGAGAUGCAGGAAGGGAAAAAUAACUAUGGGACAGAGGCAAGAGAAGAUAGUGGGACCUAAAACUACACAAGCAAAAAGCAC